AUGGUGUUCCUCGAUUAUGGAGCUUUAGCUGUCUCUGACAGACUAAGAACUAGAGCCAUAAAUGUGGAUUCUACCUGCAAUCUAUGUCGUCAGAAUGCAGAGACAAUAUGUCAUGUCUUGUUCAAUUGCAUGGUGGCGCAAGAUCUGCUGUCAUUAGCGAAUAUCCCAUCUCCUCCUUCAGGUUUUGGAGUCUCUCUGGAGGACAAUAUGGAUUUAAUUUUCAAACUUAUGGAGUAUUCUACAGUGCAUCCAUAUGCCAAGUGGUACCAUGGGAUUUUUUGGAACAUAUGGAAAAAUAGAAAUGCGGUUUUAUAUGCUCACAAACAGGAGGCCCACUCUCUGAUUAUUCAACGUGCAUUGGAGGAUGCUCGCACAUGGCAUGAAGUUAAUAAGUCGAGUACACAAGAAGGUCGUAACAUGUCCAGACUUAACUUGAUGUGCAACAAAUGGUGUCCUCCUUCGAUAGGUACAGUUGAGUGCAAUGUACAUGCGAAUUGGAGGAAAGAGCUGUGGCACCAUGGUGGUGGUUGGAUUGCUCGGGAUCAUUUAGGCUCUGUUCUUUUCCAUGCUAUAGAUGCUUUCACUUCUUCUCCGGACCGGCUUAUAGCAGAGUUACGUUGCAUCAUUUGGUCAUUACAAAGCUUGAAAGAUCUACACCUCUCUAAGGUCUCUAUAGCCUCUGACAUGAUUGGAGCGAUUGAUGCUAUUACCAAACCUGUAGAAUGGCCUCGGUAUCGUGUUUUUACUUCGCAGAUUGCUCAGCUCUGGUUAUCUUUUGAAAGCUGUGAAUUCGAAUUGGAGAAGUCUUCAGCUAACUCGAUAGUGAGGGAUAUCUCAUCAAGUGUCACUCGCUAUGGGCUCUUUCAAUUUUAUAUGGCGUAA